AUGCCGACGGAACUCGAAGAGCUCGUCGGCUUCAUCGCCCACCCAAACGCUCAGAUUCGGCUCGCGGCAGCCGAGCAUUUGGUGCCUUAUGCAGAAACGCAACCGGCCAUCUUCAAGACCGAGGGACUGAAACCGAUCAAGAACCUCAAGUUCCUCAUCAAGGACCACCCUAAAAUAGCAGAGCAUGUCCUCACACUCCUGAUAAAUUUGUCCGGUGAUCCGGAGGUAUUGGAAGAACUGGCCAAGGACGAGAAGUUUCUCGACGUGCUGCUCUCGUACAUUAUUAAAGCCGACGAGCCCAAUGCCAAUCUUCAGGCCAUGCUCCUCGCCAACAUAUCCAAAUCAGACGCCUUUCAAUCUGUCAUCGACCGCCGGCAACCAGCUCCGGAAGGUCUUGGCUCCGACGAUAUGGUUCUCAACCAGCUCAUGGACCUCUUCGUCAAGGGCCAGGAUGGCACGUACAACGAAAAGGCCGACUUUGACUACCUCGCCUACGUCUUUGCCGAUCUGUCCAAGCACGCAGAGAUCCGCCAGCACUUCUCUACGGCGCAGGGCUACGAUGGAGUGAUUCCGUUGUCCAAGAUCCUGGUCUUUACCGACCACAAGUCUCACGUGCGGCGAAAGGGGGUCGCGAGCACCAUCAAAAAUGUGGCGUUUGACAUCGGAAAACAUGGCGAGUUCCUUUCGUCAACAGGCGUGAACCUACUUCCGUAUGUGCUGCUACCCAUCACCGGUAGCGAGGAGUACGAUGUGGAGGAGACGAUGUCCAUGCUCCCGGAGCUGCAGUUCCUCCCACCAGAUAAGCAACGCGAUUCGGACGUCAGCAUCGUUCAAACGCAUGUCGAGACCCUAACUAUCCUGACGACGACUCGUGAGGGCCGUGAUCUGAUGCGCGAGAUCAAGGUGUACCCCAUCAUUCGAGAGACGCACCUGCGAGUCAGAGACGAGGGCGUCCAGGAGGCCUGCGACAGGCUGGUACAGGUUCUGAUGCGAGAUGAGGAAGGUGAGGGGCAAGAUAUUGACAUCAAUGAGCGAGUGAAAGAAAUUGAAGCCGACGAGGAGGAUGAGAUUGUUGAAAUGUAA